AUGGCCUCCACUCGUCGGUCAGGUCGCGUCAAGGGCCCAAGGACGGUUUAUAUCGAGGAUCCAUUUGAGUCAGCCGGAAUAAGUGAUAACUCCGGCUCCGAAAAGCCCAGCCUGACGGCUAAGAAGAAGGGCAAGCGCCGACAACGGGACGAUUCCAGCUCCGAUGAGGAGUUCGUUGCCCCCGCUUCUGAGGAAGAGAAUGAUGAUAGACCUGAGGGUGGCGAUGACUCAGAAGCGGCAGAUGAAGAAUUCGGCACCAUUCAUGAUGACGUUGAGGCGAUGGAUGUCGACAGGCCAAAGGUGACCCCCAAGAGGAAGCCGAAGCGAGCCUCCCGCGCUCGGGGUACAAAAACUGAAAAUGGUGGCACCACGCCGUUACCAUUUUGGCAGGCAAAGACUGCUGCAGACGAAACACAUUCACGUGGUGUCGUGGAUGCCAAGGAACAUGUCUCAAAGGUCAUGCAUUACAUGACCACAUUUGGCUCCGACGACCGAGAUCUGCUCUCUGCUGUUUAUGGGCGAGACCGAUGGGCCCGAGGCGUAGAUUCUUGCUUUCCCACCCGCUUUUCCCUGGAUGAAUCUAAGAGCGGCCCAGACUAUGAGUAUGGUCCAACACACGGUGUUGCUCCGGGCGAUAUGGAAAAGGAGAGAACUUCUGGCUGGGACUGGUAUUACGACAAGGAUAUUGGUGGAAGAUUCCGCAAAAGACAACGCGUCGACCCGAAGCUCAAGGAGGCAGAUGCCCGCCGGAAAUAUCUACCAACUCCAAGAAAGGAGAAAUAUACUGCGUUCAUUGGCCCUCUCGACAACCAGCAACCUGUUCAUCUAGGCCAUCAUGAAGUCUACAACUAUGGUGACGCUUGGCCAGAAGCCAAAGUUCAAAGAAGUGACGGUGCGGGGUCGAAGGCUCGCGAAGGGUGGCUGAUGAAUUUUGGACAGAAGAUUCAAUGCGUGGCAUGGGCACCUAACCAAGACAGUCUUUCACAAUAUUUGGCUGUGGUGACUCCAAUUACGAAUGAACAAAAAAAGAAAUUUGACAGCCCAGAAAAUGAUCAUCCAUCAGCAUUUCGACCACUACCGUCUUACCCUUGCGCUUUACAAAUAUGGGAGUUUCAGGGCAAAAAGGCUGGCAAAAUCACGGAUACCCUCGACAUGAGUAAAAAACCACGACUUCGGCUGACUAUAUGCACCGAUUGGGGAGAUAUUCGCCGUAUAUCGUGGUGUCCAAUGCCUCGCGAGAAACGAGAGGAAGAUGAUAAAGACGGGUCGAAGAAUUUAGGCUUAAUUGCUGGUAUUUGGGGCGAUGGAAAAGUACGAGUAUUGGACAUCAAAUUAGGGCGGAGUGAAAAGCCAGAAUUUGUUAAAUUUGACUCGCCAGUCUUUGAAGCUACGUCUUCGUCGCCAUCAAAUGUCUGUACGUGCUUGACAUGGCUUUCUCCAAAUGACAUUGCGGCAGGGAUAUCGGAUGGAUUUGUCGGAAUUUGGAGCAUUCUACCUUCGUCUGAACCUACACUCAAGCCUUGGUUUUAUCGCCCAAUUCACGCGUCGUUUGUGCUGAGCAUCACAUCCGCAUACCCGGAUAAUCCUCAUCUCGUUUCUACCAUCGCUAUGGAUGGCGAAACUAAGCUCUGGUCCAUUCUUGACCCUCAGAUUGAGACCACCUCGGCGGGUCGUAUGCGCCAGGCAGCUCUUCACGUUAGCUACUCCCCACUGCUUCAUUGCAUCUUCUCUAGUGACGAGAACGACUACUGUCGGAUGUUGCCAAUUCGUCGGUUCUAUGGCACGACCUUCUGCGGCCAAGUUCCAAGUACGGUGACCUCUCUCGCACCAUGUAGUUCAUGGCAUCCUUGUGUCCUGUACGGUGGUGCUGGUGGGCAAGUCGUGGGCUCCAACCCCGUCCGGCGACUUCUCUAUGCCAAGGAACAGCACUGGCAACAGACCUGGUUCUCCCACGAAUGGGUUCAGGGCACCGACCCGCACGGUCCUGGUAUCAGCCGAUUUUACGACGGUUUCCGGGCGGAAACACAGAGUCUGGCUCGGAACCUGACGGGCGAGAAACGACCCGUCCUAGGCUCCUCUCUCACCACUGUCCAUGAUGAAAGCACACAUGUCGCUGCGCUGGGAUGGAACCCCAACCACUCAAAUGCGGCAUGGGCCAGCGCUGGACUGGGUUGUGGCCUGUUGCGGGUGGAGGAUCUGGCCAUCUGA